AUGGGAGUUAACUACUCUACCAAAAGGAAAGAAGCCACUUGGAGUCAAGUGGGUGUACAAGACAAAGUUAGUUACUAUUGGUCAUUUCUCUUACUGCUCAAACCAUUGGAAAAUAUACCAAAUGGAUGUCAAUUUCUUGGUAUUAAGGUAAAGCAAAUAAAUGGAGGCAUAUUUAUCUCACAAAGGAAAUAUGCACAAGAUGUUUUGAAAAAGUUCAAGAUGGAAACAUGCAAGCUGAUUCUAACUCCAGUUGAAGGAAGAUCAAAGCUUGCAAAAGAUUGUAGUGGUGAUUUGCAAUUCCAUCGGCAAGCUGCAAAGCGAAUUUUGAGUUAUAUUAAAGGUACACUUGAUGAUGACACAUUUUAUUCAAGUACUAACAGUAUAGAAUUUGUUAGUUAUACAGACAGUGACUGGGCUGGAGAUAUUGAGAGACGAAAAAGCACUUCAGGAUAUGUGUUUUUUUUUUUUAGUUCGGGAGCAUUUUCAUGGUCUUCAAAGAAACAAGAAGUAGUGGCUCUUUCAACAGCAGAAGCGAAAUAUAUAGUAGCUGCAAGUUAUGCUACUCAAGCAAUUUGGUUGCAGAAAAUGCUAAGUGAAUUACAAGAUCAAUAA